CGGCAGCGCACCACGGACACCCGACACCAGCCAUAGGUCUCGUUACGGUCUCCGACUGUUGGUGCUUCGCCCUCGUUAUCCGUGUUUCGGCCGCGCGGCUCCAGUCAUUGCCAGAAGGGCCGCCGAUGUUGUUGUUGACCUCGGUACGUUAAUGGGUAUCUGCUAUAGUUGCGACAAGUCUAAGGAUAAAUUCAAAGCUAAAAUAUGUAGCCAAAUUCACUCGGCUGUGUCACCGUGCCACGUAUCCCAGCAGCAGCAGCAGCAGCAGCAGCAGCAAACGGCCACGUGUUCCGGACAAACGGCCACAAAUGGCCACCGAUCGAAAAUUCAGAGCGGUAGCGUCAAGCACCGAGUGCAAGAGGAGCGGCACCGCCACAAGGAUCGUUUAGUGCCGCUCGGCGACGAGAACGAAAGCAUGGCCGCCAGCUUCCCAAACAUGAACCUGACCAAUCCUAUCAAGGGUCUAGUCAGCAAGAAACGCAACCGGUACAAGAAGGACGGGUUCAAUCUCGACCUUACAUAUAUAACACCUAAUAUUAUAGCGAUGGGGUAUCCGGCGUCGAAAAUCGAGGGCGUUUACAGGAACCACAUCGACGAUGUGGUCAAAUUUCUCGAUACGAAACACCGGGACCACUAUUACAUCUACAACCUGUGCUCAGAGCGCAGCUACGACAAAUCCAAGUUCCACAAUCGGGUCCACAUAUUCCCGUUCGACGAUCACAAUCCGCCACGAAUUGAAUCGAUAGAGCCGUUCUGCACGCACGUGCAACGAUGGUUGUCUGCCGACAAGGAUAACGUGGCUGUCGUGCACUGCAAGGCGGGCAAGGGUAGGACGGGAACGAUGAUCUGCUGCUACCUGAUGCACGCGAACGUCUGUAAGACCGCCGAAUCGGCGCUCUCCACCUACGGCCUGAAGCGGACGCAGGAUAAAAAGGGCGUCACGAUACCGAGCCAGGUGCGCUACGUCCAGUACUACGAGACACUGCUGCGCAACAAACUCAAGUACAAACCUAUGUCGAUGAACAUAAAGGAGUUCCACUUUAGUCCUCCGCCCAAUUUAGCAGGCGGCCAAAACUCCUUGACGUUACGGAUCUCCCAUCAGACGGACGCGUACGACGGCAUGCCGCCCAAAUGCAAGAAACUGCGCGAGGACUCGUUUGAUGUGAAGAAGGGCCAGUCACCGCUCAUCAUCCGGCCGGAUUAUUGUGUCGCGUUGAAGGGCGACAUAAAAAUUGAGUUUUAUCAAAAAACUAAAAUCCGCGAAGAAAAACUGUUUCAGUUCUGGUUUAACACGUAUUUCGUUAGUGAUCGGGUGAGUGGCGGUGCGGCCAACGGUUACGUUACGUCCGCCGGGGUCGGCGACGAUCUCUAUGAGCUGUGCUUCCAAAAGAGCCAGCUGGACAUUGUGAACAAGAAGGACAAACAAAACAAACAGUUCAGUGCCGAUUUUCAAUUGAGAGUGAUCCUGCAACAGAUACCGAAGGACGCGGCGCGACAGCCGACCUGCAUUAGGGAACCGGCCAUUGUCGACGUGCUCGGCGGACAGGACUCACCGAGCGAGUGUUCUGACUCGUCCGACGAGUACACGAACGAGGACGACGAGGAGGACGAGUGGGACAGCGAUAGUCGUUCGGGUAGCCGCCCGCACUCACAAAUACUGUACUCGCAAUCGGAUUUCCCGGCGCGUUCCGAUAAUAAUAAUAGACGUGGCAGCACUUGGAACUAAACUGAAAUUCGGUAAUUAAACAAGACGAAAGAAUACUCAAUUUUAAGUGUAUGUUGUCCUUGGAUGUUGCUUUGGGAAACGGUGCUUAUUCCAGGUACAACGGAAGAACGAUCCGUUAAACUAUUUACAUAAAACGAUGUAAAAAUAGACGGGCGCAAAUUGUUAUUUAGUUGAUAGUUUAGGGGGUGGGAAAUGAGCAAAACGCGCAAAACCGACCGAAUAUAUAUGCCAGUAAUGCAAAUAUACAUACAAGCUUCCGCUCUCAUCAAUCAUCCUCAUAAUUUUAUGCUUAUGUUGAGUGUUAGGCCCGCGGGGCAUAGUUUUAGGACUUACUUUUCACGGGCCGGAUUUCGAGGACACGCCCUUCCGACCGCAUCCCCGUUUCCGUUUGACGGAGAAACGGUGGUGCGGUAGUUCGGGUGACUAACCACCAAUAUGCAUGCCUUUAUCUACCCCCUACCCCCCGUUUUUGUUGUUUUUCUCCUGUACUAAUCGUUGUUUGUUGGGGGCUGCGCUCUUGUCUAUCUUGAAAACGGACGCAGUCCUGGACACGGAGCACAUGGACCCGAGGGGCGUCGGCUACAGGAUACUGUCCGAGUGCGAGAUCGCCAGCCAGCUGACGGCCUCGAGCGGCGAGCUGCAAUCCGAGUACGUUGCCGCGUGAUGACGGUCCGGUGUUGGUGCGCGGGCGCAACACGAACCAUCCGCCUUCGGUGGUUCCUUGUCGCUUUAGAACGUUCGAUUUUAUUGAUUACAUCAACACACCAGUCGAACGUUUUAAACCGAAAGUAACAGUUUAAUAAGACUGCAAUUAUGUAAUUAUUUGUCGAGUGAUGGAGACUCGAAAAAAUUGUAUCUCCGGACCGGACUAUUCAGAUUUCCAGCCGCAACGUAAUCUACCUCACACAGGCCGACGGACAAUCAAAUCUAUUUAUUUAAAAGACUAUUUGGACUGUAAAUGGACUAAAAUAUUAUAUUUAUUGUAGUUUGUAAGGUUGCAAUUAAAACUGAAUAUAAUUGAGACGGUUCGUUUCGCUUAUAAUACAAAUUAUCCACCCAAAAUCACGGAUCGCAGGUAAUUAAUGUGUGUGUCGUUUUGUGUUCUGUCGGACAGCAACUUUUAUUUGUUUAAACGCUUUCGAUGCUAGAAAUGUGUGCUUUGCUGGAUAAAAGUUGCUGUUUGUUUUGUGCUCGUUGUUGUUAUUUUGAUUUCUGAGAAAGCCGGUUGUGUUUUGGGAACAUUGUUAAACUAACUUGUAUUUCCAGGGGAAUCCACGUACCUCUGAGGGUCUGAGGGGGAUAGUAGAGACGCGACUGUGUUGGCAUGCUGUAGGACUACCUGUAAAUAUUUUUUAUGCAUGCAUCAUCUUGUAAUUUCAUCCAUUACGUUUAUUAUUUUAUUUUUUUUAAUUAUUUUUGUUCACACUUCACUGAAACGCUUGCUUUUAUGUUGUUCUUCGUUGAUUGUUAUUUUUAUGUAUGUGUGUAGUUUUUUGUUUUACGAAAAAAAUCUAGAGUUCAAAGAAACGGUCACAGGUACACCCGGUGAAUCAGGGAAUAGAUUGUGUGUAUUUGUGGUUUUGCCCGUUUUGCAGUCAAACGAAUAACACGCACUGUUCUCUGUCUUUUUCUAGAAUCAAACACGGCGCAAAUUUGACUAAGGGAGAAAAUUUUGGAUCGCAGCUGCACCGGUCCCGACUAACUUAACACGCGUACACGAUGUAUUUUUUGAGACAUUGGGUGUACGAAAUUUUUCAUGUCAGAAAGUACAAAAGAAUGUGUUUUUUUUUUAAUUUUUAAUUUGAUCUCAGUUUUUUUUGUUUUAAUUUUUUAUUAUAUCUUGCCAAUACGAGUUUGGUUACCGAUAUAAAUUUAAUAUAGAUUUGUAUAUUGGUUUUUAUAAUUACAUUUUAUUUUAUUUUUUUUUUUUCUUUUCGGUGGAAACGAUUGAAAUGAACACUUCCGAAAUUUGCCAAAACGAAACCAGUACAUUGUAAAUAAUAUUGCCAAAAGUUCAAAUCGCCAGUAUUUAAUUGUAAUAUACUUAGGGGUAAUUGUAAUCUAAAAAAAAUUAUAUAAACUUUGGUAUAGUUUGAUGUACCUUCAACUUAUUGUUAGGGUAAGGCGGACAAUUUUAGAUGGAUUGUUCAUUUCACCGACUUUUUCCCCAAUCCAAUUAAUUUUAAUAUAGUUUUAUUAAAUGUUUCUAAUUUUAAAUACAACUUCUCUCUUCCUUAUCCAAGGCUGUAAUUAAGUUAUCUUCUUAAAUCUGUCUAAAAAUCUUCAAAAUGUCUACUUUUUAGGAGUAAUUUUUUAUUUGUACUUACAAUACCAAAUUUAAAUUAUUUUUUUAAAUGGUGUUUCAGCAACACAACAGUUAUUUUAUUUGUCUGUAUCCUCCAAAAAUAGUUUAUGUUACAUAACAUAAUUUACAAAUUGUUCAACCAAUAGUCAAAUAUUGGAAGAUGUGGAUUAAUUGUUACGAAACAACUUGACAAUUCAGUUUUAUUUUGAAAUUCCCGACUUUGUUUCAUAUAUUACUUAAUAAUCUGUCGCAUGUACAGUUUAGCAUACAACUAGUGUAAUAUUUGUUUUUGUGAAAACAAAAAUCGUUUAAUUAGAUGUUUAUAAUAAAUGUGAUAGGUUUUAAACUGGUUUAAAAUUCAGAAUAUAUGAUACUAUUCGUUUAUACGAAUAUUAUUUUUAUAUAUCUAUAGAUCUAUAUGUAUAGAUUAUAUUGUAUACUUUUUAUAAAUGAAGUUAUGAUAAAAGCUUUUUUGUGAUAGUGCAGUUAAAAAAAUGUAGUCUUUUUAAACGAAGCGAAAAAUUGUGUAUUUAAUUAAUAUGUUGGUGUCAUAGACUACAUUUUUUUUAGAUCUGAGACAACUGACUACUUAUUAAUAAAUAUUACUUAUAAUGAAUUAA